GAAUCAAUCUCGCUGGGAAACUUUUUAGCAGAAUAAUCUUUGGAUUUGGACACAUUCUCGUGAGAAACAUUACCACUAACACAAGAUGCAGCAACACCUCGUACGCUACUAAAUUUAGAACCAGAUUGAUGGAUUUAUCCUGCUCGCAGAGACUGUGACACCCGACGUUGUGUUAGGAAAGAUUCAGAAGGAAUACUAACAAGAUACAAGAAUCAUGUGUGGAAUUAAAGCUGCCAAACAUCUUUUACGUAAAAAGAUGAAUAAUGUUAUUGCACAACUUAGUUCUGAAGAGAAACAGAGGCAAUCAAAGAAUGUGUUUCAAAAACUAUGUGCGUUAGCAGAAUUUCAAACAAGUCAAAGGAUUUCAUUAUAUUUAAGUACAGAAAAUGAAAUUGAUACAAUACCAAUAUUAAAACAUCUGUUUGAAAAACAAAAAGAGGUAUUUAUUCCUAGAUACAGGAAUAAACAAAUGGAAAUGGUUAAACUACUUUCAAUGGAAGAUUAUGAAAAAUUACCAUUAACUAAGUGGAACAUUAAGCAACCAAAUUUUGAUGAACCUAGAGAAAAUGUAUUAGAAACUGGUGGUUUGGAUUUAAUAAUUUUACCAGGCGUUGCAUUUAAUAUGGAUGGAAAGCGCUUAGGACAUGGAAUGGGUUAUUAUGAUAAAUUUUUGAAUUUUUAUUCGAGGAAACAACAAAAAAAACCACACUUAAUUGCAGUGGCAUUUAAUGAACAAAUACAGGAAGAUAUACCCACAUCAGAAAAUGAUGUAUUUAUGGAUCGUGUACUUACAGAAAAAUAAAAUCAAGUUUUUUGACUUCAACGUUUCUUUUCAGUAAAUAAUAAAUUAAACAGUGAAAUAUACUAGUUACCAAGUUAAUAUAAUAUAAUAUAAUAAUGACUUACCACUGAUGGAUUUUUCUUCAAUAUCAACGUACGUUAUUUCAAAUUGCUGCUCUGAAGCAAUCUCUUGUAAAAAUUGCACCAAAUUUAUAUCAUCAACAUUUAAACAUGUAUUCUGUAACAGAAAUAGAUAAUAACGCGAAAGUUAAUAAAGUUACAAAAUUCAAUCAAACAAUUAUUUUAUCAUUAAAACGUCUUAAAUCGAUCAAAAAAUUUACUUGUUU